GCCAAGUUUGCAGUCGAUACCACAUUUGGAAGUGGGUUAAUAUUGAGUUACAAGAUUUGACGAUACACCAACAGUGAGUUAAAUAAAGUCGUGUAAUAAUAAAUACUGAAGCGAAUGUAAGCUCCUUUAGCAUCUUCUUGUAUGGGGUUCUUUUUUUUAAAUACACUGGCUAGUUUCGUAACGUGUCCUCUUUUAUAAAAAAAUAUAUAUUUCACAGCAUUUGUUUUAUUAUUUUAUUAUUUCCCUUCUACGCGACUUUACCGAAAGAACCAUGAAUAUGUUACGGCAUGCAUCAGAUCAGCGAGCCAUGCAUUUAAACAAUGUCGAGAUGUCAGACCAUGCAGAUGAAUAAGUAGAAGAACGAUGAUGGACGGAUGUGUUCACAAUGCAGUAGAGAGACGAUAGAUUUAUUCAGAGUGAUAGGACAUCAAUGUGUCCGGAGGUGAUUCAAGGCAGGAGAUGUAUUCAGAAGAUAUGGAAGAGGAACGGGAGAGAUGUGUGAGAUAAUGUAUGUGGCUAUACUGUACUGAAAUAUUGCCACUCGUAUGAUUGUUUGAUUUUGCGUGAAAUCAUUACGUUCAUAGACAUUUACAAUUGUACUAUUUUCUGAAUUAUCCGGCUAAAAAAAAACAAAUAUUUACCGUUCAUGAUUUGGCCAGAUCACAACGCACCACUGCACGGGUGGCUGAAUCCAGGUGACAUGCACCGGUGUGGGGCAAAAGCUGUGAGCGCCCGACUCUAUAAAGGACUCAGCUCAUCAUCACUGCGGGGGGCGAUAAAACACGGUACCGCUUUGUGGGAGGGGCAUCUUAAAUUAUACAUACAGUACACAUAUAUACUGCAUUGCAUAGCCACCUCUCUUACAGGUUCGCAAAGGUUGAUGAGCGCCGCUCAGCCACUGUUAGUGCGAGUCGGGAGACCGACGUUUCGGUGUCCAACCUGGCAGAGCGUCGUGUUUUAAUGUUCCACACGCUGCAAGGGGGUUGCGUUGUCAGCUGCUGUAGUCAUACCACAAUGCCUCAUCCAGCAGUGGAGUGUAUUAUCGCGUUGUUUUGCGUUACAAACUCCCAAAUCGCGCGUACGGUUGCUGUAAUUGUCGCGGCGGUGGUGGUGGGGGUUGGGUGGGAGAGGUUCGCGAGUUUUCAUUCCCCGGGCUACGGCCGACAUCCGAACCAGGUCCCCCUCGGCUCCCGCCUUCGUGAACCAGCGAGGUGAAGUAUGUCACAAACAACCCCGGGGGCGGCCGGCACCGCGCCUCGCGCUGGGGCCCUCGGGCCGGCAGCUCGCGGCCCCAGCGCCGGGCCGACGCCGUUACGGAGUUACCGCCGCUCAACCGGACAGAGUCCCCUGCCUACCGCCACUUCACUCCUGCCUGCAUGGAGCCCUUUUCCUCGCUGCUGCUGUCGGACAGAAUUUGGGUGCCCCAUGCCUACCGCUGGGACAAGCUGGACUGCACGUGCCACCUGAUUGCGGUGCGAGCCGGACACCUCAACUCUCUGCUGGAGAUUGUGUACGCAGAGGCAGAGUCUGGGACCGAACGUGGGUCCCAGGCAGAGUCUUCCUGCGCCACACCGGCUGCUACUGCCGACACUGGCUCUUGUGUCGAGCUCAGCCGUGGUCUGAGCGUCGUAGCUGAGGCUGGCACUGAUGGCAAUGCCAUGAAUAAGGAUGUCAAGAAAGAGAAGAACUGCUGCUGCUGUUGCGUCAGCACAAAUGAAGAUGAUAACAGUGCUCCACCAAUCAACAGCACGGAGAAAGAGGAUACCACCAUCAGCACUCAGACGGAAAGAGAGAUUUUCAAACAUUGCUGCCAAAUAGAGAGAAAUGAUCAAAACAUAAUCAAAAACCCUGCCGUUGCUAGAGAUGCUGAGAGUAAUACGAAGCAAGUGCUUCCAGGCUGCAUAAUGCAAAAUAAACGUAAUCAUACGGAUGUCACUUAUCCCAUAUACAAACUGAAGGGUAAUGACCAGAGUCAAAACACCACCAAUCUGCAAGGUGGAAACAUUGACACGAAAGAGUUUUGCAGUUCCAGCAGUUUCCAAGCAGCAGAGAAAGCAAAUGUCCCAAACUAUCCAAUUUUCAAGACUGGGACAGAUGUAAACCUUGAACAGAGUUGGUGGAAGACUGACAAAGCGCUGCACCGUCUCUGGUUAGUAAAACUCAAAGCAGCACAACGCAGCACCCUGGAAGGAUCAGACCUUGAGAAAAUGGAGAGAGCCAGAAUUGCAUGGGAAGCAGCAGAGGUGUCUAUGAAAGGGUCAGAGUGUGUUCCACGAGUGACAGGGACUGGGUAUAAUGCAGUUGUGCCUUCGAUAAGAUGGUCAGAUUAUGUGGAGAAAUCGGAAAAGCUGACAAAAGAUGUGAGCCUUGCAAAGAAACAAGAGGAACAUGAAAAGGAAUUCAAAGUUGGAAAAUUAAGAGAAGAAACUGACCAAAAAGAUGAGGAGACCAGACUGGAAGAGGAUGAGUCUAUGAUGCAGCAGGACAGCCUUGAUCGCCUGUUCCAGAUGAUGGACUGCUACUCCAGCUUACCUAUAAUGCAGGAAAACACAACAUCUGGAGAGACAGGAGGUGAUACAAUGAGAGUUGGGACCUCUGCUGAUGGAGACAAGCCCAAUAAAGUGGAGGCAGGAUGCAAGGGGAAUGAGCCAUACUCGAAUGGCAACCGCUCAGUCAAGGUGCAGGCUCCUGUUUAUGGUUCCCCAUGUGCCACCACGUCCCAGCGCCUCUACCAGUGGAUGCCAUUCAACCAGUCCACCUGUAUCCAGACCGUCUACCUGUCUCAAUCACUCUACGGCACCCUCGUCUACCACCCGUCGAUGCUCACUGUGCCCAGAUACCCCAUGGGCAGUGGCAAAUUGGCAUUCACCUCCUUUAGCCAAAUGCAGUAUGUGGUGCCAGGCCAGGUGCCACCCACACGAAGUGGAUGCAUGCAGUCUGUCAGAAAUUGGCAGGAGCAGUGUGCACCAUACAACAACGUGGUCUAUCAACCAACUGGCUGUAACCAGAAGCAGGGAAAUGUUGUUUUCUCACCAUACAUUAGAGAUGCGUGGAUCAGAGGUACUAGACCAUAGCAGUUGUUGGGUACCUCUACAUGGAAAGAUGGACCCUGCAGACCUGAUUAAGGUUACACAAUUAAGAACAUUGUCAUCUGUGCAGGCUAGAACAGGACUUCUCCAUAAAAGAGGAAUGUAUUACAUUCAGUGGUUACUUCAAUGAGUGAAAGUUGUAUUGAUGUAAUUUAUCUGCCCAUUAAAGAAGGGAAAUGUGAGUAAUUUUCUCAAUUGCAUUUGGCUAUGGUGGGGAGCCCAACAGAUAUGUAGUGGAGACCGUGCUCUGAUCGGAUUUUCUCAUGAGUAAUUCAUGUCCACAUCUUAUAUGUAGGUAGCUAUUUGGAAUAUCCUGAAGCCUACACCAGCCUAGCUCAUGGUGGUCACCAGGAACAAUCGAAGCCACCAUAUGUGCAGCCCACUCAGUGUGGAGAAUGUUACUGGAGAAAAACCUAUUUAACUUACGUUCACCAAAGUCACCUUCACUGGUCACUUGUAUUAAAUACAGAUAAACCAAUUUUCCUACUCCUGGUACACCUCAUAGCCACAAUUAUUCAAUUUUGAGUACUGUACACUGUGGAGGAAAUUCCAGUACCUAAUAAUUAAAUAUAACAUUGUUUCUUCUAAAUACUCUCCCUGGAUGUCUGGUUACUGAGCUGAGUGACCCUGUGGCUUAAACUGAAAAACGGCUGUAAUGCUGAACUUGGUUUACUACUUUAAGCCCUGAAAUAUAUAUGCGCACAAUUGAUCAGUCUUCACUAUUUUACUGUUUUCAGCUGACCUUCCAGCUGUUAUUUUGUUUAAGAAUUUGAACAUGACAAACGUUUUUGUGUAAUUCGUUCAUAUUAAUGGUUUUUUUGCCAUUAUACUGUAUAACCAAUCUAAAUUCCCGAAGAUAUAGUAAUUUUGAGCAUAAUCUUCGUGAGUGUAUCUCCUUGUACGACUCCUUUUCUGAUUUGUACUUUGCUUAAAUAUUAGUACAGACUAAAGAUGACAUUUCCUUCUUUGGCAAUCGUUUUACAAUUUUCAUAUUUUUAAGGUAACGGAGUGGCUGGAUUGGUUUCCACUUCGUAAAAUAAAAGUUUUUAAAACAUGUUUCAGUCCUAUUGCCAAUUCAUUUCUGGAUGGCUUUCGCAUGCCAUGUCAGUAAAAAUGAUUGUUUGACCAUACUUCACGAUGUUGGGCAGCCCAGGACCGAUAUCACUCGUGUAAUGUGGGUGAUGACCGGCAAAUACUCUCAAUUCCCCGAGUUUAUAAUGCAGUGCACUAAUCACUGUGCCACUGCUCCACCAAGUUGACUCCGAGGAAGGCAGUUUCAUGAUUAAAAGGCAAGCAAUCGAAUACUCCGGCAUUUCAAUGACUCGUUGAUGGCAAGUGGUCAAUAGGAUAAAAAAAAAUCUAAAUAUUGCUUGUCAGUGUUCUUCACUCAUUUUCAGAGG